CGCGCUCCCUGGACUUCGGAGCGCAGGGCCCCCGCAGGCUGCGCUCUCCGCCGUCUUCUCCCGAGCGGGCUCGGCCCGGCGGCCGGGGCGAUGUGAGCCGGAGCCCGCGGGCGCGGCCGGACCGCUGCGAUGUGGCUCAAGCCCGAGGAGGUGCUGCUGAAGAACGCUCUGAAGCUCUGGGUGACUCAGAAGAGCAGCUGCUACUUCAUCCUGCAGCGGCGCCGCGGGCACGGCGAAGGGGGCGGCCGACUCACGGGUCGCCUGGUGGGUGCCCUGGACGCGGUGCUGGAUUCCAACGCCCGGGUUGCUCCGUUUCGAAUUCUGCUCCAGGUGCCCGGCUCCCAGGUGUAUUCCCCCAUAGCAUGUGGUGCCACGUUAGAGGAAAUAAACCAGCACUGGGACUGGCUGGAGCAAAAUCUCCUCCACACCUUGUCUGUCUUUGAUAAUAAAGAUGACAUUGCCAGUUUUGUCAAAGGGAAGGUGAAGGCUCUGAUUGCCGAGGAGACGAGCAGCAGGCUGGCCGAGCAGGAGGAGGAGCCCGAGAAGUUCCGCGAGGCCUUGGUGAAGUUCGAGGCCAGGUUCAACUUCCCCGAGGCCGAGAAGCUGGUCACAUAUUACUCCUGCUGCUGCUGGAAGGGCCGCGUGCCCCGCCAAGGCUGGCUGUACCUGAGCAUCAACCACCUGUGCUUCUACUCCUUCUUCUUGGGCAAGGAGCUUAAACUUGUCGUCCCUUGGGUUGACGUCCAGAGGUUGGAGCGGACAUCCAACGUCUUUCUGACGGACACCAUCCGCAUCACCACCCAGAACAAGGAGCGGGACUUCUCCAUGUUCCUGAACCUGGACGAGGUGUUCAAGAUCAUGGAGCAGCUGGCCGACGUGACGCUCCGGAGGCUGCUGGACAAUGAGGGCUUCGACCUGGACCCGGGUCUGCAGGAGCCCAGCCAGAUCACCAAGAGGGACCUGGAAGCUCGGGCACAGAAUGAGUUCUUCCGGGCCUUCUUCAGGCUGCCAAGGCGGGAGAAGCUGCACGCCGUCCUGGACUGUUCCCUCUGGACCCCGUUCAGCCGCUGUCACACCGCCGGGCAGAUGUUCACCUCCGACAGUUACAUCUGCUUUGCCAGCAAGGAGGCCGGCUGCUGCAAAGUCAUCCUACCACUCCGAGAGGUUGUGAGCAUCGAGAAGAUGGAGGACACCAGUCUGCUGCCGAACCCCAUCAUCGUCAGCAUCCGGAGUAAGAUGGCCUUCCAGUUCAUUGAGCUCAGGGAUCGUGACAGCCUGGUGGAGGGUCUGCUGGCGAGACUGAAGCUGGUGCAUGCCGACCACCCUGUGCGCUAUGACACCACCAUGGAUGAGGACCUGACCUCACCUGUGUUUCAUUCAACAAGCUUGUGCAGUGGCAACCACAGGUUUGGGGGUCUUGAGAUGGUGUCUUCGCAAAAUAGCGAGGAAAGGGAGAAAGAAACGAGCCCACGGAUGCACCCUGAGGCUUUCCGGCCGUCGGGCAGCCAGAGCCCGGACUCGAGAUUGUCCAGGGAACAGAUCAAGGUGAGCCUCUGGAACGACCACUUCGCGGAGUACGGCAGGACAGUGUGCAUGUUCCGCACAGAGAAGAUCCGGAAGCUGGUGGCCAUGGGGAUCCCCGAGUCCCUGCGCGGCAGACUCUGGCUUCUUUUCUCAGAUGCCGUCACGGACCUUGCCGCACAUCCCGGUUACUACGGCAACCUGGUGGAGGAGUCCAUGGGAAAGUGCUGCCUGGUGACGGAGGAGAUAGAGAGGGACCUGCACCGCUCUUUGCCGGAGCACCCCGCCUUCCAAAACGAAACGGGCAUCGCGGCGUUGCGGAGAGUCCUGACGGCCUACGCCCACAGGAACCCCAAGAUCGGGUACUGCCAGUCCAUGAACAUCCUGACCUCCGUUCUGCUGCUGUACGCUAAGGAGGAGGAAGCCUUCUGGCUGCUGGUGGCCGUGUGUGAGCGGAUGCUGCCUGACUACUUCAACCACCGAGUCAUUGGGGCCCAGGUGGACCAGUCCGUCUUCGAGGAGCUCAUCAAGGAGCAGCUCCCUGAGCUGGCGGAGCACAUGCAUGACCUCUCGGCCCUGGCGUCCAUCUCCCUGUCCUGGUUCCUCACGCUCUUCCUCAGCAUCAUGCCCCUGGAGAGUGCCGUGAACGUGGUCGACUGCUUCUUCUACGACGGCAUCAAGGCCAUCUUCCAGCUGGGACUGGCUGUGCUGGAGGCCACUGCCGAGGACCUGUGUGGCAGCAAGGAUGACAGCCAGGCCUUGAUGGUCCUCAGCAGGUUUCUGGACCACGUCAAGAACGAGGACAGCCCGGGACCCCCGAUUGGCAGCCACCACGCCUUCUUCUCUGACGACCAGGAGCCGUGUCCCGUGACCGACAUCGCAGACCUGAUCCGCGACUCCUACGAGAAAUUCGGGGACCAGUCUGUGGCUCAGAUCGAGCACAUGCGCUGCAGGCACAGGAUCCGAGUCCUCCAGGGCCACGAGGACACCACGAAGCAGAACGUGCUCCGGGUCGUUAUCCCAGAGGUCUCCAUCCUUCCCGAAGACCUGGAGGAACUCUACGAUUUAUUCAAGAGAGAACACAUGAUGAGCUGCUACUGGGAGCAGCCCUGGCCCAUGGCCCCACGCCACGACCCCAGCAGGCCCUACGCAGAGCAGUACCGCAUAGACGCCCAGCAGUUUGCACGCCUAUUCCAGCUCGUCUCGCCGUGGACCUGUGGGGCCCACACGGAAAUCCUUGCCGAAAGGACUUUCAGGCUUCUGGAUGAAAACAUGGACCACCUUAUCGAAUUCAAAGCAUUUGUGAGCUGCCUCGAUAUUAUGUAUAAUGGAGAAAUGAAUGAGAAGAUUAAACUGUUGUAUCGGCUGCAUAUCCCUCCAGGUAAGAAAGUCUAAGUAGAAAAUUAGAAUUGUGCCUGUUGUGCCUUGGCCUGGACCAACUAUGAGCACGACCUUGAGGUUCUUCUCUUUUUAAACGUAUUCAAACGAGGCAGUAGACAUUUCUACUUUGGAGUGGCUGAUGACAGGUUUGAUGUACCCGUAUUGUGUGGUCUGUGGCAGGGGUUCCCAAACCCGAGGGUGCAUCAGAAUCAUUUGGGCAGCCUGUUGUAACACAGGAUGCCUGGCCUACCCAUUCUGAUUGACUAGGUCUGAGGACCACACUUUGAGAACCACCAGCCUGUGGGAUGGGGGGAAAACAAACCCUGGUUGCCUCAAUAGAUGAUUAUUAUAGCUUACUGUUUUGUUUCUUUUUUUUUUCCAUUGAGGGAAAACUGGUAUAUAAUAUUGUAUUUAGUUUCAGGUGUAAAACAUAAUAGUUCAGUCUUUGUAUACACUAGAAAGUGAUCACCACAGUAAAUCUCAUUACCAUUUGUCACCAUAAAAUAGACCUCCUUCACCUGUUUUGCCCACCUCUCAACUGCUUUCUCCUCUGAUAACCAUCUGACCUCUGUAUCAAGGAGUUUCAUUUGUUUGUUUGAUUUUUUAGAUUGCACAUGUGACUGAAAUUGUAUA